UCAUUUAACUGCCUUCUAAUACGUUAGCUAAGAGCGCGUGCAAGGCUGCGUUACAGCCCUGUGUUUUGCAUUGUACAAUUUGUUACCAUAAAUGUACCAUUUUAAGGAAGUUCGAUGGAUUUCCUUUAGUUAAUAUUUUCGGGUUAUUAACGUUUAAAUAUUUAUCACUUUUUCAAUACUAAUAUAUCGUUAAGUCCACAGAAAAUAAUUAGCCAUGGAUGAUGUAAAAGAAUCACCUUGUUAUGAAAAAUGUAAAUCAUUAUUAUUCACAUCAACUCCUUAUAAAAAUUUUAAUGAUAGUGGAUAUAAUACACCAUGUUCAACUUUAACUAAUGCUUCAUCUAAUCUUAGUCAUAUAUCUGAAGCCUCCAUUGUAUUUGAUCACACAUCACUUGAUUCUUCCCUUCUACAGUUGUCUUCAAAUACACCUACUUUACCUCAAAAAACUAUUGAAAAAAAAUCUAAAGUUGUCAUUAAAACAUUCAAGUCAAAAAAAUGUUCUUCUUCAUCAGUAUUAACUUAUACAGAAAAUUCACCUUCUAAAAAAUUCAAAUAUUCUUCAGAUUUAAGAAUGCGUUUUCGGUUAAAUAACUGUUGUAAAAAUGAUGAAAAUGUUUUGAUAAAAAAAAGUUCUUGUUCAUCAAGCUAUACAAAUUAUAAUAGAGUACCCUUAGAGGGUCGAGAUAAAAUUGAUAUUAUGUAUUUUUUAGGAGAACGUCAUCAUUUUUUACCAGUUAUUGAAAAAAUAUGCUCAUAUUUAUCAGAUGUUGAUAUUAUAUCAAUAUCUAUGGUUUCUAAAAUUUGGAAUAAUGCCAUUAAAUAUUCACCUUCUGCUCAAAAAAAGAAAAAUUUAUACUUUAAAUUAUCGAAAGAAAACAGAGAAAAUGAAGGUCAUAAUCGGGCAAUCUCUUAUAGAAAAGGCCAUUUAGUUAACAUUGGAAAUGUUAUGUGUUCUCCUGUCAAAAGAGACUUAAUACUUAAAAGUCCACCAGUUAGUCCUAGUAAAUUUAGGUGGCAUGUCUUUCAAAAAGAAGCUAGAAAAUUAAAAUUUAAUCAACGUUUGAUACAAUGUCCAUUAUGCAGAAAGCCAUCAUCAUGGGCACCAUCUCAAUCAACUAAAGCACAAUGUCAUGGACUGCAUUGUGGUUUCACUUUUUGUACAAGUUGUAUGUGUGAAUAUUCAGAUAUUUCUGGUCAUAAAUGCAAAAGUGUACCCAUAUCAUCAAAUAUUCGUCGAACCCUUGUUUCAAGUAUAUCUAAAAGUAAACAUAAUCUUAGACGAUUGUUGUAAUUUUUAGGUGUAAGAUGUCAUCUAUGUAUGGUAAUAACCAUUGUAUUUUUUGUUAAAAAAAUUAAUUUGCAGUAUAGUUGUAUAUUUGAUGUAAAUUAUUUAUUAGGUAUUACACAAACAAUAAAUUUAUGUGGUUUCCA